UAUAUAUUCCCAAUCACACCCUCAGCAAUCAGAAAGGCUCCGGAAUUACACACCUCCCUCACGCGUUGUAAUUCCCACGCACUCCCAAAUUCAAAACCCUAGAACCCUUUCAGACAUAACCCCAAAUUACGUACUUGAGGAUUCGAAUUCCUUGUUCCAACAAUUCUUACAUGGCUGGGCCCCCGGCGAGGGAGCAGGCGCUCUCACUCCUAGCAGCGGCGAAUAACCAUGGAGAUUUGGCCGUGAAGUUAUCGUCGUUGAAGCAGGCCAAAGAUAUAUUGUUGUCCGUUGAACCGUCUCAAGCGGCGGAGAUUUUCCCUUAUUUGGUUGAGCUCCAGUAUUCCCCCGAAACCCUCGUUAGAAAGUAUCUCCUCGAGAUAAUCGACGAGAUUGGAGCCAAAACAACGGAACAUCUAUCCAUAUUGUUGCCUGCCUUAUUGACAUUUUUGAAAGAUAAUAAUCCCACUGUUGCAAAGCAAUCUAUAGUGACUGGGACAAAUUUUUUUUGUGUUGUCUUGGAAGAGUUAGCUUUUCAGUUUCAACGGCGUGGUAUAGUUGAGAGAUGGCUUGAAGAGCUGUGGACGUGGAUACUCAAAUUUAGAGAUGCUGUAUUGUGCUUUCUGUUCGAGGUGCGUCCUGUUGGUCCAAAGUUGUUAGCAAUAAAGUUUCUAGAAAUAUAUGUUUUACACUUCACGUUGGACUCCAAUGGUUCUGGAACGCAGAACCCAGAAGUGACGAUAAGGCAAGGGAAGGCGUUUAAUGUCUCCUGGAUAACGGACGGUCAUCCUGUUCUGGAUGCAUCUGCUCUCAUAUCAGAUGCAAAUAGAUAUAUGUGCAUUUUGUUGGAUAUCUUGCAGUCAGCUAGUAGUUUUCCUGGUUCCUUGACGAUUGCUGCUAUCAAUAGUCUUGCAGCUAUUGCACGGAAGAGGCCUGUCUACUAUAAAUCGGUCGUUACUGCACUGCUUGAUUUUAAUCCAAGUCUUGAGCCAGCAAAGGGUGCCCAUACUGUCAGCAUCCAGUAUUGUUUGAGAACUGCAUUUUUAGGGUUUUUAAGGUGUACCCAUCCUGUCAUUGCAGAGUCAAGAGAGAGAUUGCUUAAAGAGUUGCGAUCAAUGAAUGCUGGAGAUGCUGCCGAUCAAGUUGUCCGACACGUAGAUAAAAUCAUGAAAAACUACGAGCGUGCUUCAAAAGAUCUGAAAUUUGCUAAGGAUGAUCAUCUAUCCACUCAGUUACAUAUUUCAGGGGAUGCGACGAAGAAAAGGUCAGCACCAUCUAACAAUGACGAACAGCAUAAUAGCUUUGAUGCCAGCUCUAAGAGACUCCGUUAUGGCCCUAACAGCGAUACAACCACCAGUAUUAAUAAUGAUGCUGGGCAGAAUCAUGUCAAUGGGAUAUUCCCUAAGCUCCCUGUACUGGAUGUGGAUCUGACCCCGGUGGAACAGAUGAUUGCUAUGAUUGGUGCUUUAAUUGCAGAAGGAGAAAGAGGAGUUCAAUCUCUUGAAAUUCUUGUUUCCAACAUACAUGCUGAUUUGCUCGCCGAUAUUGUCAUAACGAAUAUGAAGCACUUACCAGAGAAUCCACCUCCUGUGGCAAAAUACAGUAAUCGUCCCGGUGAUUCUUCUACUGACCCAGCCCAGGUAGUCUCCUCAAAUGGUUCUGCAACCUCUAUGCAGACAUCGGACCUUUCAGCUAAAGUACAUGCAUCUUCAUCCAACACGACUAGUUUACCGUUUUCUGAUAUGUCGAUUUCCUCGAAUCUUUCUACAGACUCCAAACGUGAUCCAAGAAGGGAUCCUCGUCGCCUUGAUCCGAGGCGCAUGGUGAUUCCUAUUGAAGCGCCACCAACAUCUGUUUUCGAAGAUAAUGCAAAUGCUGUGCAAUUGGCUGUUCAAACUGAUUUCGAUGCUUCUAGUUCCUUCAUUCCACCCGUAUUGCUACCUCCAUCAUCGAUUCCUGAAAGUACCUCUCCACUCCUCAUGCCCACAAAUGAAACUGACUUAAAUCUAUCAGAAUUGGAAGUUGACUUGUCAAUUCCAGAAGAUGAAGUCCAGGAUGUGAAUGCAAAUGCAUUCUCUCCAGAUAGGGUGACAAAUAAUGCUUUACUUCUUUCACCAUCCCCUAUUAACAAAGCUGAGGAACCUGUUGUCCAUGAAUCGAUGGAUGUUGCCAUGCUAGAUGAAGCUUAUUCCCCAUCAUCACAAGAAACAGACCCAUUUUCUCCAGAUACUGAAGCAGCUGAGAUUUCAUUGGCGGAGUUGCCAGUUCUUCCCGUUUACGUUAAUCUAGCUGAAGACCAUCAAAGAAAUGCAAGGAGAUUAGCACUUGAAAGGUUAAUCAAUUUGUACCAGAAUUCAGAGAGAACAGAUCUUAAGCAAACACAGAUUGCAUUAGUUGCUCGAUUGUUUGCACAGAUUGAUGACAAUGAUGUGAUUGAAAUGGUGCAGAAACGUAUUGUAUCAGAUUAUGAACAGAAAAAGGGACACGAGCUCGUAUUGCACAUUCUCUACCAUCUGCAUAGUCUUGUGAUCUCAGAUUCUGCGUCAUCUGCCGCUGCUGUAUAUGAGAAAUUCCUUCUGGGAGUGGCAAAGUCUCUGCUAGUUGAUUUACCAGCAUCCAACAAGUCUUUCAGUCGACUUCUUGGGGAGGUUCCUUGUAUACCUGAUUCUGUAUUGGCAAUGUUGGAUGACAUAUGUACCAAGAGUCACUCCGGGGCAGAUGGUGAUCGUGUCACUCAGGGCCUUGGUGCCGUGUGGAGCUUGAUCCUGGGCCGGCCACAGAGUCGUCAAGCAUGUUUGGCUAUAGCUUUGAAGUGCACUGUUCUCCCGGAGGAUGAUGUUCAAGCAAAGGCUAUACGCCUGGUUUCAAACAAAUUGUACGCAGUUAGCUAUAUUUCUGAGAACAUUGAGCAAUUUGCAACAGAUAUGUUCUUGUCAGCUGUAGAUCAGAGAUUUUCAGAUUCAUUGCUUUCACAAUCUGCACAUUCAGAAAAAAGAAUCGGAGUGCAGGUAGAAAGCAUGGAAACAUCGAUAAGUGGAUCUCAUGUUUCAGAGCCUGGGAUUUCUGAAACAUCCACAAGUGUCAUACAGGAUGCAUCCAUGGAUGAUUCGUCAAGUGUGUUUUCUCAAUCUCACAGACUCAUGUCCUUGUUUUUCGCAUUAUGCGCAAAGAAACCAACUCUUCUAGAACUUGUUUUUAACAGUUAUGGGCGGGCCUCAAAGGCUGUUAAGCAGGCUGUACAUCGUCAUGUAUCUGUUCUUGUGAGGUCUCUGGGGUCGUCAUAUUCUCAAUUGCUUCAUAUAAUAUCUAAUCCACCCCACGGAAGUGAAGAUUUAUUGAUACAGGUUCUUCAUUUACUGUCUGAAGGGCAAACACCACCUCCAGAUUUAGUAGUGACUGUCAAGCAUUUAUAUGAGACCAAACUGAAGGAUGCUACUAUUCUUAUACCAAUUCUUUCGGCCUUUUCUAGAGAUGAGGUCUUACCUAUUUUCCCUCGGCUUGUCCAGCUUCCUUUACCCAAGUUUCAGACUGCACUUGCUCAUAUUUUGCAGGGUUCUGCUCAUACAGGUCCUGCAUUAACACCUGUUGAAGUUUUGGUAGCAAUCCAUGAUAUUUCUCCUGAUAAAGAUGGUCUUCCGCUGAAAAAGAUCACGGAUGCUUGCUCAGCUUGUUUUGAGCAGCGCACGGUUUUUACGCAACAAGUCCUGGCAAAGGCUUUAAACCAGAUGGUCGAUCGCACUCAACUUCCACUGCUCUACAUGAGAACUGUAAUCCAAGCAAUUGAUGCUUUUCCAACACUGGUGGAUUUUGUCAUGGAAAUCCUGAUGAAACUUGUAAACAGACAGGUAUGGAGAAUGCCAAAACUAUGGGUUGGCUUCUUGAAAUGUAUUUCCCAAACGCAGCCGCAUUCUUUCCAUGUAUUGCUACAGUUGCCAUCAUCUCCACUUGAGAGUGCUCUGAACAAAUAUCCAAAUCUUCGUGGUCCACUUACUGCUUUCGUGAACCAAUCCAAUAGUAAAACCUCUCUACCUAGGUCAACACUAGUGCUUCUUGGCCUGGCAUCUGAAACACACAUUCAGCAACCACAGGUUACUUCAUCUUUGCAUGCCUCAGAUCCAAAUUCAUCAAUUAGCGGGACAACAUUCACUUAAUACAAAGCAUAUUGAGAGGAGAACCCCUAUAAAUUACGUUUAAGCAAAAUCCGGAGGUUUUCUACUUCAGAAACGUGUCACAUUGCACACCCAAACACCAAAAGGGAACACAUUCAUUUUUCGUGUCAACGGGCUCACCUGCAAUUUGCUUUCGGGCCUGGAGCCAGCUGUUUUCAUUAGAAUUUCAGGAAUAAUUAUUUUUGGCCACCUUUCUUUAGUAGUAGUUUUUUUUUUCUUUUUUUUUUUUUUUUUCGGGGGUGUGUUCCAGUGGUUCUUCGUCUUAUCGCGUAUUUCAGUAGUUAGUGCUGGGGUUAUCGCUUAUUCUAUAGGCAUUCUUUGUAAUCAAUAAUCCCUUUGUAUUAGUAGUAGUAUGUGUGUGCAUUAGGGGUGUCUCCGUCAAGGCACCAAAAAAAGGUAAUUUUUUUGUAUGCAUGAAAGAAGUUACCGAAUGUUCCGAUGAACAUUUCAGCUAUUUCCAAAACCCGACACCACUACACAGACUUGAGUUACAGGUGUAGUAUGUAUCAAUAUCAACAGUCACUUUGUAUGUAUGCCAAAGAAAUACCAAAAAUUCAUCCUACUAGUCGGAUUCAAUGGUUAUAACUUGUGUCUUGUUCAUCA